AUGGACUUGCAUGUUAGCCAUGAUCCUUUCAGUGACUCUAUCGAGAUGCCCAUACAUCUACAAGAGGUGGACUCUCUCGAAGCCAUUGUUAUCAUCGACAAUGAGCUAGAUCCGCUGUCGCCCGCAGCUCCGAAUACCGUCCAAGUCUCGGGGAAUCUGGGGGCAAUUGCCAUGGGCUCAAAGCAUACACUGACAGACCGAGGAGAAGCCUGCAAGGAAUUGAGGCUGGAAGAUGUCUGCUGCGCAGCACAUGGCUUGUCGAUUAUGGUGACUGCCACAAAAGGAAAGAAGAAGCACGCUAUUCUCUUCGAUGCUGGUCCCGAAGAGGAGGCUUGGGAGAGAAAUGUGAAACGCCUGGGACCAAAUCUCUCCUCUGUGGAAGUGAUUCAGCUAUCACAUUGGCAUCGAGACCACUCCGGUGGUCUUCUGCGAGCAAUCCGCAUGAUAAACAAUGCCAAACAAGCCGAGAGCCGCUCAGAGCACCUAGUCGUGGACUUGCACCCAGACCGACCAGUCUACAGAGGCCUUGCUCUGCCCGAGCAUAUCAUUUCCCUCGAGGCUGACCCUACCUUUGAACAGAUUGGAAGUGCAGGAGGGGUGGUCGACAAGCGGAGCGAGCCACACACCGUCCUUGAUGACUUCUUUCUGGUCUCUGGGGAGAUUCCACGAGUGACGCCGUACGAGACAGGUCUGAAGAAUGCAGUGCGAUAUGACCCUGAUGAGAAUGACUGGUUCUCUGACGAAGUCAUCAUCGAUGAGCGGUCUCUCAUCUGCAAUCUCAAGGGAAAAGGACUUGUUGUUUUUACUGGGUGUAGCCACGCUGGCGUAGUCAACACGACCAAACACGCCGUCGAACUCACCGGUGGAACGGUACCUGUCCAUGCCGUUGUCGGUGGGUUUCAUCUCGCCACAAGCGACGCGGAUCAAAUCCAAAACACAGUAGCCGAUCUCAAACGGCUCGAUCCCGCCGUGCUGAUGCCCGGUCAUUGUUCGGGCUGGCGGGCGAAGUUUGCUAUCGAGAAACACAUGCCCGGGUCAUUGGUGCCCUGCACUGUCGGCUCGAGAAUCACAUUCUGA